UAGUGGAUAAAAAAAGAGUCUCCGCUCUUAUCGCGACGCAAAUCAUUCGAACUACUGAUACCUUCCUCACCGCACCUCAAUUGAUUGCAGCGUGACGACACGAACAGCGACCCGUUAGCACGAUUCAAAACCACGAAGAAAUCCCCAAAUUCUACGAACAGAAUCCUCCGCGCCCCAUCCGGAACUCCCUCCCCUGAGCAAACCACGAACCGAGUCCCGGUCGUGUGCAGAUCUGCGUUUUCUCCAAUCCGAUCGCUCCUGGCGCCCGAACGAACCAGAUUUAUGCGGCCUUUCUGCUGGGCGCUCCAGCCAUGCAGCAGAGUAGCACCGGGGAAGGAGGUUUGACUGCCGCGGAGUUGCGGAGCGAUUGGUCUCGGGUUCGCCAAUGGCGAGCCUGUCGGACUCGGGUGGCGGCGGCGGCGGCGGCGGCGGCCGGUCUGGCGCGGAGCUGAUGGUGCCGCAGUUCCACCUCAAGGCGCUGCACGCCAUCCUCGCCGUGCGCGCGCCGCGGCCGAUCGCGACGGCGCCCGCGUCGGCGUCGGCGGCGUUCCGGAGGCGGGAUAGAUGGUUCCAUCUGCCGCUCCACGCGCCGCCGCCACCGGCCGCGGCCGAGCAUAUCCCGGAGCCGUCCCUCGGGGAGCCGGUCGUGGUGGAUGUGUACCUGGCCCCAUCGGGCGGCGGGGGAAGGGAAGAAGUGGUGGAGAGGUGGACGGUGGCGUGCGAGCCGUGGCCGAGGGGAGCGGCCUCGGCAGGGGAAGGGCUGGCCGUGAACAAGGCGUACAAGCGCUGCAUCACGCUGCUGAGGUCGGUCUACUCCAUGCUCCGCUUCCUCCCCGCGUACCGCGUCUUCCGCGAUCUGUGCGCGUCCGGCCAGGCGUACAACUACGAGAUGGGCUACCGCGUCGGCUCCUUCGCUGCGCCCUUCUCCCGUGCUGAGGAGGCGGCCAUGCGCACCCAACGCUUCGCCCCUGUCGAAACCCAGCUCGGCCGCCUCGUCGUUUCCGUCCAGUACCUCCCCAGCCUCGCUGCCUACAACUUGGAAAUCUCCUCGCUCGCGCCCGUCGUUGUCAUCGACGAAUACAUCGGGAGCCCUGCAGCGGAGCCUAUGCGCGCCUUCCCGGCCUCGCUCACGGAGGCCACCGGCUCGGCCUUCCCGCUGCCGUCGCGGCGCCCGAACAGCUGGGCGUCGCCUGCUUACUGGCCACAGUCACCGGGGCAGCCAGCGAAGUUCUCACCUUCCCCAGCGUCAUAUGCGUCUCCCACACCCUCUCCUCCCACGUUCGCCGGUGGCUACCUACAUUCUCGUCUGAGCGGGGAGACUGCACCAAUGAGCAUACCACAAGCGAGUGGCAGUAGGGGGCCUGUCCAAUAUCGGAACAUGUCGGAUCCUAGCAGGGGUUUCAUGCUACCUCCACCUUCACCGAAGAGCAUCAGAGGAGAGGCAGGGUCACAUGAGUCACCGACAGAGACCAGCCGGUCAUUCCGGAGGGCAGAAGGGCUCCGGAUGGCCGAUCUCUACGCUAACUUACCUGCUGCUCCAAAGAUGAAGGACAGUAGGGAUGAAUCUGGCAGGUUCUCAGGUGUUUUCUCCUCUAGUGGUUCCCCGCGACUUGGGAUUUCAAGAAGUUCAAGCAGACUGUCUAUGCAGGAUGAUACUGAUGAUUCAUAUCUUCCUUUUGCUGUGGAUGAUGUUGAUGCACCUGAUUCCAGACCUGGGAGCAGUGGUGGUAAGGAGGAUCAGUCAGGUUCCUCCCAUAAAUCACAAGAUGCUGCCGUUGGCUAUCUUGUCCACCUGCUGAGGUCUGCACGUCCAUUGAGAGAUCCUAGCAAUUCAUCUAUUACAUCAAGGGCCGAAUCUACUGAAGCAGGCAGCACCAGCUCGUUCAUGUCCCGUAGGACAUCUGAUGCAUUUGAGGAGCUUGAAUCUUUUAAAGAAAUAAGGGAAAACCUGCUUGCCCGUAGUAGAUCUAGACUCCAAGAUUCAUUGGAUAGAUCCUAGCACCAAUUCACCCUUUAUUUGGUUCUCCUUAACUUAACAUGUGAAGACUCCCAAUCAGCCGAUCACACAGGAGAUUACAUGAUAAUAUCGGUAGUACUUGUUGAGGAGUGAGGACAUCUCAUGAGCUAUGUAUAUAACUAUCAAGUGCCACCUAUUAAUUGUUAUGCUCAGCUCGUUCUUAGACUCAAGCAUGAUCAUGAUCCGCCUUUGUUCAUAGUGUUUUGUAUAAAAGCAAAACCGACCGGAUACGUGUUGGUGGAAGCCUGUGCCGAAGCAGGGCGCACGGGUGUGCGUUUGGAAAUAUGUAAUUAUCAUACUGUAUUCACGCUAGCUCUUUGCACCACUGUUCUUAAUUUACCAAACUAUUACUCAUGCUGGAUUGUUGAUGUUCUGAGCAGAAAUUAUCUUGCACGGGGCAGUUCUACA